UCGGGCGGCGUCCUCCGGCGGGUUCACGUCCCUGCCUGCGACCUCCGCCGGCGGCGUCUUCACCAUGACGGCCUGGGUCCUGCUGCGGCGUAGACCGCCGGGGGUCCUCAAGACUAUGCUCCUAGAAACACAGAUGUUUCGAGGACUUACUUCGACUGCUUCUCUCUGUGAACUGGUGAAGAAUAAUACAGGACUGCCAUCAGGUUCUAAGAAGCCAAGUCCAUCAAAAAAUGUAGUACAAGCAAAGGAGAGGGGCCAGCCACUAACCAGCCAGCCAGCCGCCGUGCUGGCUGCACCUUUGUCUCCACCGGGGUCCCCCCCCACGGGUGGGAACAAAGGCCAGGUAGCACCCGGCUCCUGCCUUGGUGGCAGCAUGCGGCUCACAGAUGAAGGGCUUCCAAGACCUCUCUCAAGAAAGACCUUGGUAGAAUUUCCUCAGAAAGUCCCCUCUCCACCCCGAGAGCAGGGUUCUGACUCAGACUCGUCCUCAUCCUCAUCCAGCUCCUCUGAUUCUGAGUCCGAUGAGGAGGGGCUCAGCUCAGAAGCUGCUCCACAAGUGGUGAGCAAAAGCAAGAAAGGGUUCCCCAAACCAGAAGCAUCCGGCUCCUCUAAGAACAGAGCCCCUGAAAUCUCGGGAUCAGCCAAAGAGGAAACUGAGGCACAGAGGCCACAAUCAGAUGUCACCUACCCAGAGCAGCCUCCGCAGCCAAGGAAGAAAGGAGCCAGACCCACGCCUGUGAUGCCCAGGCCACAAGCUGAGAAAGAAGUUUUGAAACAAAAUCUAAAGGAAGAACAGUUACAAAAAAGAUUCAAAUUGAAUGAGACAGAGAAAGCAAGCCAAAACCCACGAGAAGUCAAAGAAAUCUCAGCUGACCACAUGCAAGGCAGGCUGUCUGCAGGGCUCAGCCCUGAACCCACAUCACAGAUAGAAGAGGCUGGGCCCAGAAGGCAGCUGCCAACCACUGUCUCAGGAGCCCAAAGCAGACAGCUGGAACCCAAAGAGACAGAGCCAGGGAGGGAGGCAGCGCCUCUCCUGGCCAGAGAAGAAAAUGCAGGAAAGCUGGAAACUGGACUCUUGGUGGCCAAGGACAAGAUGGGGGAUGCUCAGGUCCCAGCAGCCAGCUGGAAUGCAGUUCCUGUCCAGAAGGCGGUCUUCAACGAAAAGCCAGCAGUUCCCAAGCUGAAGGGGGGUCCUCAGGAGAUGGUCGGCGCAGCCCCACCCACGGAAGACGAAGGCGCGGCACAGGAGCCCGUGCAGGCAAAGCCCACGCAGGCAGAGCCCAAGCAGGCAAAACCCGUCCAGGCCCCGGUGCCCUCCAGGCCGUUUGACAACGCCAUCUACAGGAACCUCCAGCACCACAACUACAACGCAUACACCUUCCUGGAUGUCAACCUGGACCUCUCCAAGUUCAGGCUGCCUCAGCCCUCUUCUGGACGAGAGUCCCCUCGGCACUGAGCACUAAGGUCCUGCCACCAAGCCAUGUCACCAUCGCAGCUUACCCGCCCCAAUAAAAUCACUCAGGCACCAA